UAUGUUUUUGUCUUCUGUGGUCUAAGACUACUUCAAUAUGGCUCAAACAAAGACCAGCAAAUAACGAGCAACCAUUUGCAUCCAUUGUUUAUACGGCUGUUGAACAAGGACGAGUGGCUCUCCCGUGCGAUAUUUCCUCGCCUGCUUUGAACGACUCAGUGGCCCUGGUAUUGUGGUAUAAAGAUGAAUCAACACAACCUAUCUACAUGCUGGACGCUCGAAGAGGAAGCCUGAAAGAAGCUCAUCAAAUGUCAGCCCCACAGCUGGAAUAUCGCUCUCACUUUCACAUGAUCAACAGGCCAGCCUUCCUACAGAUUGAACCUGUACGGAAGGAUGAUGGAGGAACCUAUCGGUGUAGAGUAGACUACCAUCGGGGUCGUAGUAUCAACACUGUUAUCAAGUUACAGGUUGUAGAACCGCCCUCUGAAGUUGUGAUCCUGGAUGAGAAGAACCAGAGGUUGUCAGGCGUUAUAGGCCCAUAUAACGAAGGUCUUUCACUAACAUUAACCUGUCAGUCCGUGGGAGGCAAACCACGACCAACAGUUUCUUGGUGGAAAGAUAAUUCCUUGUUGGACAAAGACUACAUUUUCCUCCCAGACAAGAUUGUAGAGAACGUGUUAAACAUUCCUAAGUUGUGGCGAUACGACUUACUAACAAACCUAACCUGUCAGUCGUCUAACAACAACGUCACCGUUCCUGUGUCCAGCUCUGUCAGUAUCGACCUUAACU